AUGGAAUCAAACAAUCUUGAAAUCGAAUAUGAUUUAUCUCCGCUCUGUAUUGUAUACAAGGAUGGCAAAGUGGAGAGAUUAAUCGGCACCGAAAUCGUUCCCCCUUCGGCUGCGGAUUCAGAAACGGGUGUCGGGUCCAAAGACGUUGUCAUUGAACCCGACACCGGCGUAUCCGCCCGGCUCUACAAGCCCAAACCCACAAACUCCGAUCAAAAACUCCCCGUCCUAGUUUACUUUCACGGCGGCGCAUUCUUGGUCCAAACGGCCUUCUCUCCCACGUACCAGCCAUUUCUCAAUUCACUUGCAUCCCAAGCUAACGUUAUUAUAGUCUCCGUCGAGUACAGAAGAGCUCCGGAGCACCCGCUCCCGGUCGGGUACGAUGAUUCCUGGGCCGCCGUGAAAUGGGUCGUGUCUCACUCCGGCGGAGACGGUGAGGAGGACUGGCUGGGAGAUUGUGCUGAUUUCGGGCGUGUGUUCUUCGCAGGAGAUAGUUCUGGUGCAAAUAUAGCUCAUAACAUGGCCAUCCGGGUCGGGUCGGACGGGUUGGAUGGUGGGAAACUCGCGGGGUUGGUUUUGAUGCAUCCGUUUUUCUGGGGGAAAGACCCGACUGGUGAUGAAACCACUGACGUGGGUGUACGAGAAUAUCUAGAGAAGGUGUGGCUUUCCGCAUGCCCGACGAGUACCGGGCUGGACGAUCCGUGGAUCAACCCGGUGAUGGAUCCGAAAUGGUCAGGCAUGGGAUGUGCCAAGGUCUUGGUGGUUGUAGCAGAGGGAGAUGUUUUGAAACACAGAGGUUGGUUAUACUAUGAGGAAUUGGGAAAGAGUACUGGGUGGGGAGGAGAGGUGGAGAUCAUGGAGACCGAAGGGGAAGAACAUGUUUUCUAUCUGGAAAAGCCCCAUUGCGAUAAGGCCAAGGAUCUGGUGAAGAGAGUUGCAACAUUCCUGAAGUCGGAAUCAAGCAUAUAAGUAAACACAGAACAACACGAUGCGAUUGGAAUCUCAAGACAACGGAAGAUUAAAAGCGAAGUGUGUGUAUAUUUUUCGGGAAUGGAAACUACGGUUCCGUUUAUUUCGAUGUAAAAUAUUUUUUCGGAAAAUAAAUUUUAAAUUUUUAUUUUUUGAUA